AUGGAACUUGAAAAAGCGCUUAUUUCUUCAAUCCAUUACCUGUUUAGUGCAUCACGACGUAGUGUGAGGACGACGUGUCGGCAGGUGAUGCUGCCGCAGGACAUGGCGACCAUCCUGACGCUGGCGGCGAUGCAGGACCAGCAGAAGGCGGCGGCGGCGGCUGCGGCGGCGGCGGCAGCGGCGGCGGCCGUCGUCCCUCACCCCAGCGGCACGCCGCCCUCGCCUUACGUUCUCAUGGACCACUCGCCCAAGAACGGUGGAAGUCUCCUUCUGGGUCAUCGGAUGUCCCCACUAAGCCCCAGUAGAGAUGCAACAAGUAAUGGAAAGGCUGCCGUGCCUAUCGACUAUUCCCGAUAUGUUAAGCGCUUCUCAAGUGCAUUAGAAUGUGCCAAUGCUUACUGCAAAGAUCUCAAUUACAGGGAACAUUUCCAUUGCCUAGACUGCAAUUCCAGGGUGUUUGUGAAGAAAGAGGAAAUGAUAAGACAUUUCAAAUGGCACAAGAAACGUGACGAAUCUCUUCAACAUGGAUUUAUGAGAUACUCUCCAAUGGAUGAUUGCUCAGACAGAUACAGAGGGUGCAGCCACAAUCGCAAGCAAACUCACUACCAUUGCAUCAAGGAGGGCUGUGACAAAGUCUAUAUCAGUACAUCUGAUGUGCAGAUGCAUGCCAAUUAUCAUAGAAAAGAUUCUGCUAUUAUACAAGAGGGUUUCCAGAGGUUCCGUGCAACUGAAGAAUGUGGUGCUGUGUAUUGCACCUUCUUUGGACAGAGAACAACACACUUCCAUUGCAGGCGUGAUAACUGCAAAUACACUUUCAAAAAUAAAGCUGAUAUGGAGAAACACAAAACAUAUCAUAUAAAAGAUGAGCAACUGAGCAGAGAUGGUUUCAAAAAGUUUAUGAAGAAUGAAAACUGCCCAUUUGAGAGCUGUCGUUUCUCGAGGGUUUGCAACCAUAUUCACUGCAUUCGUGCAGGAUGUAACUAUGUGUUGCACUCCAGUGGACAGCUGUUCAGUCACAAGCGUAAACAUGAGCGCCAGGAUUCAGAAAUGGCUUACCGCAAAUUUAAGUUGGCCCAAAGCAUGAUAAAAACAUUUAGUGAGGGUCAGCAGGCACAACAUCUUAGUCCAUCUUUCAUUCAUGCCUUCAGUGACCAGCUGACACAACCUUCUGAAUCACCUGUGGCCUCAAUUCAGACCUCUGUAAUACAGCAGGGACCAAGUUCAGUGACAGUUGACAGUGGUAUUUGUCAGGUGCAGGGUAAUGGUGAUACUGGUUCCAGUGAUAGUGGGAGAAUCACACCAGUCUCUGUUGCUGCUACACCUCCGAGCAAAUACAGUAGCACACCAUCACAAGGUAUUGAAAGUACAGCAGGUUUGCCUUCAACUCCAGGACACUACAGUAUGUCCUCUCAGGAGCAAGCAAAUGCGAUGGAUCUUAGUAGUGAAUCUUUGUCCAGUCAGGGUACAUGGCCAAAUGAAGACUUUUGGCAAAAAUAUCUUGCACAUUAUGGUCCAAAUGAGAAAUGCAUUGGUGGUGGUCAGUGUGAAAAUAUUUUUAAAGAACAUUUCCACUGUGUUGCUGAAGGGUGUGAAAUGAGCUUCAGGUCAAUGGAAGGAGUCCGUGAACAUGCACGUAACCAUGAACAACAAGAGCAAGUUAGUGAAGCUUUCUAUAUUACUGUGGAAAGUGGAAAUGACUGUCAAUGUGAAGAAGAAUGCCCAUAUAAGGGCAAGGACAAACAUUACCACUGCACAUGGGACAAUUGCCGUGAAAUCAUUCUUCCAUCAGAUAAACCUUUCCGUCGGUUAGAUCAUUACAAAAUGCAUGAAUAUUCUCGCAAAUUAAGCCUGACGAAAGACCCUCUUACAAUGACACAUCUGGCUACAUCCAUUGAUGGCAUGUUCCGCAGAAAGAGAGGAAGGCCACCAAAAAACAGAGUCAUUGAGGUGUGGAAUGACUAUUUUCCCAUGGCUCCUGGCUCUGUGAUGGACUCACCACAAGCCAUUUUUACUAGUUUCAAGUUGCCAAAGCCAUCUACUACCCCUACAAUGCCAGGAUAUGGCACUCAGCAACCAAAUUUCACAGUAUUAACUGCUGAACAAGUCAAUGCAAAUAUUGCUACGUCUCCUAGCAGUCCAGAUGAGAGCUCAAAGAGUUCAACACCCCAGAGGCUUGAUUUGCUGCAAGAAGGGUUCUUUUCAUAUGCUGAAGGGUCUCCCUGUCCUGAUGCCCUUUGUCCAUUCAAUACAAGGGCUCAGCAUUUUCACUGCAGUCAACCCAGGUGCUUCUAUGUAACAGACCGUGAAGACAUUCUGAUAAUGCACUCCAAAGACUUUCAUGAUAACAUUGAUAUUAUGGAAGGUUUUCUAUUCUUUGACAGAACUGUGGACUGUCGCCUGCCUUCUUGCCAUAGCAACAGGGUCAACCGUCAUUUUCACUGUAUGAGACCUGGCUGUGGCUAUUCCUUUGUACGUUAUUCAACAAUGGCUGUACAUGAGAAGAAACACCGUUCUGAGGAAGCAGGGAAUGGGGAAGCAGAACCUGAAGGUACUCAGAAGAACAAUUGUGAGUCAUCUCUAUCUGUACAGAACCUAGUGAAGACCAGUGAAAGUGGUAUGUCACCAGUGCACAUAAAGUCGGAGGUUGUCAAUGAGAACACAGUCCCUGUGAACUGCAGCUCACCUGUAGAGCCAGCUGUGACACAGACAUCUGCUCUCACAGUGUCUUCUCCAGAAACAUCUUUGAACAGAACUACAGUGGUGAAGGCUUCUGGGACUUUUUACCCGCUCUCUGCGUUUUCGUGCGAGCCGGUUGCGGGUGCGGGGGGGAAGGGGGGUGUUCCGAAAUCAUCCUGGGGCACGUGUCCCUCGUCCCCUCCAGCAUCUGCAUCCGCCAGGACCGUCAGUGUGCCAGAUACUACAAAGGGUGAACCCUGCUUUGGAGCUGAUACAUCAGCGCAGCAGUCACUGACAAGACUUCUGCAGCAGCCACAGAUUAUGCAGGAAUCGCCACCUCGUCCUGACUGGAUGCUUCCAGAGCGGCAUGUACGUUACGGUCCUGAAAAAUCAUGUAGUCGGCCAUUCUGUAAGCUGAAAAGAAAGGAACACUAUCAUUGCAAUGCAUGCAAUCAGGCCUUUUCCGAACUGGAAAGACUUCGACCUCACAUAGCGAAGCACAGUUCGGGAGCACUAAGUCCCUCUGUCAUCAAGAAAGAAGUAGAAGACAACAACAAUGAAGAAAGUAGUGACUCGGGAAUCAAUUCAGCUGCAUGUUCUGGUGUUCCGGUAUCUGGCAGCAGUACAACUGGCAGCUAUGAGCAGGCCCAGAUCCUGGGACAUGGCAGUUCCAGUUCUGAGCCACCCCAGCCACAGGUCCCACCUCAGCUGCAACCACAGCCCCCAGCCCCUGCAGCGCCUCCUCCUCCACUGCAUGCACCAGUCUUCCCACCGCACUCAUCAGCUGCAGCUAGCUUCAAUGCAGCCAUGGCAGCAGCAGCUGCUGCAGGGCAGCAGUUUGCACUGAUAACAUCACAAGGACUGCCAUUCAUACAGCCUGGGUUACCUGCCAUAUAUUCAUCUCCUGCAGGUUUAAUGUUUGCUGCUCCUGUCCCGCCUCCUCCUGGGCUACACCCACAUCAUCAUCCCAAUGGGUUGCUAGAACACCAUCCAAUGGUUGCAGAAUCUGAGCAGGCUAUGGCACUGGCAGCUGCUGCUGGCAUCAAGCGUUCUAUGUCACCACACAUUGGUCCUGGAGGGCACACACCUCUCGACAUGAGUCCAGAGGCGAAGAAGGCACGUGUUCAGAACACUAUGCGUAUACUUAAGGAUGAACCUGUCCCAGAUGGCUAUGUCAGAUUCAGGUUUAACGAAGACUGUAAAUACCCCCACUGUGGCUACCGAGAACACCAGACCCAUUUCCACUGCAUGAGAUCAGACUGUGGCUACAGUUUUUGUGACAAGACACGCUUUGUGCAACACACAGCGAGGCAUGAGCGCCUGGACACACUAAUGGGGGGAGAUUUUCAACAGUUCCGGGCAAAUGUGGCUUGUGGGAGGCAAGAGUGUGUAUAUACAUCAACACUUGGUGCAAUGCAGAAUAAGGCAUCACACUUUCAUUGCCUGAAAUGUGAAUUUGUAUGUACUGACACAAAUAAAGUAGUGGCCCAUAGACGUCAGCACCAGAAACUUGACUCUAUUAUGGCAGCUGGCUUUGAGAAAUUUACCCCUUCGCAGCCGUGCAGCAUAGAAUCAUGUGCACAUUCAGGAAAGCAAACCCACUAUCACUGUCUGAGUUGCCAGUAUGCUGUUCUUGGAUUGUCGCAGAUGUCUGCCCACAAAUACAGACACAUGGAAUGAUAUAGUGACACAGUUCUAAUGAUUUUUGUAGUGUAUGCCCAUCCUGGUAGAACAGGAUACCCAAUUGAUGGCAGUGAUGUUAUUAAAGGAAGAGAAAGUGUAAUUAGUGAUUUAUAAAAAUACAAUAUAUCAUAAAUGGAAAUAUGAUUGAUAUACUCAAAUACUGUAAGUAUUUACAGUGAGGAAUAAAAUCCCAGUCAAAAGGGGAGAUAUUCACAAUAAGUGUGAUUACUACAAGUGAGUUUUAAGACAACUUACUUUGUGUAAUGUGUACUGUCACAGCCACUACCUUUUUGUCUGUGGCUUCAAAAAGACUCCAGUAUUACUGUUCUAUGUUUGAACAUGAGAAACAUAAUGAUUUUUGUAUAUAAUGAAAUACAGUGCUAAACAUUUUUAAGUUUGUAAUGUUUAUUUAUAUAUUUGAUAACACCAAGACAUUACCAUUGUAACAGUACUUGUGUGACUGGGUAUCAGAAAGCAUUAAAUCAAAGUGAUUGUUAAUUAUUUAUGAAAAUCUACUGCAUUCAUUGCAAGUGUAUAUAUUUCAUGUUGAGAGAGAUAUGAGUGAAUGAGUUAUUGUGAUGUGUUAAGUUCGUAAGCAGAAGUCAUAUCAUAGCUCUAAGACAUUUAUUUUUUUGAAAUGAGACUGUGUUGUAAUCAAACAUUUGUGUAGCACAAACUAAAGUGUACAAUUAAUAUUUAUGAUAUGAAUGUGGCUUUGAUGCCAAAACAGAGACAUGAGUUACAAGAAAAUGGCUUACAAGCUUUCCUACAGCACCACUUAUAGGUGUAUACAUCUUAAGUGUAAUGUGUAUAAGUCUGUAUUAAAUAAAAGACAUCAGGAAAAGGCAACAGAAUGUGAAUAAGAAAUUGAAUCCACUGAUAAAUGAAUGGUUUAGUCAUAGUAAAAAUGAGCAAUAUUGCUCAUUUAUGUAUAUCUAGGGAUCAGAAAUACUUUGUAAAGACAACAAAUUCAUUUUCCAUUAUGUAGUAUUAUUAGCAGUUAUUUCAUUUGAAGUGGUAUUUGCCUUAUAUUUAGGUACAUAAUUAUGAUAUACACAUUAUUAUGACAGUGUAUUAAUAAAUAAUUUGUGCCUUUAGAAAAGACGUGUUGAGAUAUAACAAAACUGUAUCUAGUUUGGUAGAGUUUUUGGGUAGGUAGCAGUUGUGCCUUACAAGAUUCGAGAUGCCCCCUUUUCCAGGCCCUCUUCUGUAGUGCUUAUAUUUGUUCCAUGUAUUAAUCUCGUAUUCCAGAUGUAAUAUGUUUAUUAUACAGUAAUUGUACACAUAUGUUAGUCAUAUUUUUGUUGCUCAGAUGUGAAUAUGUAUUGUGAAUAGGUAAAUGUGAUUAUUCCAUAAAGAAAUUCUUGUAAGUAAACAUACAACAUUUAUACUGUGGCAUGGAUAAAUUAUAUGAGAUCACAUUUUAAAAAUGCUGGCCAACCUUCCAAAAAUAUAACAAUAAUAUAUUGACUGGAAUUAAAAAUUUUCUAAGAUAAAUCUAAUAGUACAAAAACUGUUUUAUAGAUGUUUUACUCUAAAUUUUAUAGUCCAAUUUUCUCUUUCAGAUAUGCAUUAAUGUGAAAGUGAAAGAAAAAAUAUUGAUUCACAAAUUUUAGUGCCUUAAAAUCUUUUAUCAAAAUAUGAUAUAAUUUUUCUAGUAUUAUAUGUAUAGAUGAUAGAUACAGUUUUGAAGACAGUAUUUGUUUAACGUUUUUAUAGUUUGGCACUCAGAGUGUCUGAAAUUAAAAAUUAGAGAUGUUUUUUUUUUAAUUUUUUGGGGCCCGCCAGCAUACAAAUGUUCAGGCAGUGCUUAAUUUCAUGAGGUCAUGAAUAAAAAUUUGAGACUUGUCAUGUGUGUGAUACCUGAUUGGCUGUUAAAUUGCAGUCAUGGUUACUGCUGAUCAAUAACAAAAUAUAUAUAGCUAUUUAGAAUCGGAAUCAACAUAGGCUAUAAGCACAUUGACAAUGUUUGUUUCAGAAAUAUGAGAGGAAUUUUAUCUGAAAUCUAUAUCUGUUAAAAAAGUGAGUUGAUUUAUAAAAGAAGAAGUUACAUUGGAAAUUUACCACAGUAAACAUUUACAACAAGCGUUAGCUGUGUGCCUUUUUCCAUAUUGGCUGUCAAAAUUGACCAACAUUUAUAAUCUCAAGUAUUAAGAAAAACAUGUGAACUUAAGUCUUCAAUGUAGAUGCAUUCCAACAUAAAUGUUUUCUUCUAAUAUCAGCCAUAUUUUGAUUUUGCCCAUAAUAAUUGUGUUUUGGGAAAUGAGAUUUUUUUUACCUGUGCCAUAUAAAUACAACAUUGAUGUGCAGAGUUUCCAUCAGUUACUCAUAAAAUGCCUAGUCUGCACUGUAUCUACUAUGUUUGUUUUAUAAUAAUUGUGGCUGCAUGUAGGAAAUAAGAAUAGGUAUGGAUAAUAUGUAAGUAAUAAUUUGAAAUGUGAGAAAAACCAAAUGAUUAUUCUUAAAAAAGAAAGUGUCUGUUGUACAAAGAUAUUUUAAGUAUUUCAUUCUGUGUAAGGAAAAAAAUGUUUAUCUUCUUUACCACAGAGAUUGGCUUAAUUGUUAUUCUUUCCUCUUUAUUUUCCAAACAUGGUUUUGUUUGAAAGUCAAAACAUUAAUAUUUUUGUUUGAUUAUUUAAUCCUAUUUUAUAAUCUUUUAUUUAAUUACCUGUAUUUUUGAGAAUAUGUACAGAAGUAUUCUGGAGUUUCAAUCAUACAUCAUUUGUCACUGUAUCUGCAGAAGUGCAAUACACACAUCUUCAGCAUUAAUCAAGUCCUUUCAGUUUACAUCACUCUUUUUAAAUUACUUAAAUUUUAGAAAUCAAAAUUAAGUUAAAAAUUUUAAAUUAGGGAAUGCUGUUGAAGCUGAGGGAAAAGUACCCUCAUGACUUUCAGACUGUAUUUGGAACGUGUGUAGUAUAAUAUGAAAGAGGAACUUAAUGACUUAAAAUACAUCACCAUCAGGAAAACAAUUGUCUCAUUGCAUUAUUCAGUACUGCAUGAUUCAACUGAAAAAGAAAAGGUUGUCCGUAUAAUUUUCAAACGUUUGUGCACUGUCAAUUGAAAUAAAUCUUGCUCCUGUGAGAUUCACAUGUAUGUAAGCCAAUAACGGCAGUUAUGCUUCAUGUGAUUUACAUACACAUUCAUAAUCAUGAAAAUAAGAACAUGAUGCUAUAUUUUCUAAAAACAUUUUGGGGAACAGCAAUUAAUCUGCUUGCACUGGAUGAAAUUCAUAUAUUUGGCAGAAUCGCUAAAAGAGAAAAGAUAAUAAAAAUUCGUGUCCAUUAGGUUUUCAUAUCAUACUGCAUGUUUGAUAGCUGUGAAUCAUUUGUAAGCAUUAUUUCUCACACAGUGAAAUGGCCUUACAAACAGUAGCUCUCAGUUAUUAGAAAAAUGUAGUCUUCAGUAGCCAGUAAAAAAGUUCACAACCCUUGAGAGCAUGUGCAGUUAAGUGUUCAAAAUGAUGUUGAGCCAUUGUUUUCAUUUACAUAUAACUGUACAUUAAUUUUUGGUUUCUCUUAUCCUAGGUAAAAUGGCAUUAACUAUGUGUAUUAAUCCAGAUUUCCUCAAAUUUUCUUUUUUCUUUUCAUCAUUUUCUUUUGUAUACAGCCACACUAUGCUAUGAGAAAUCUUUUCCAAUUUUCCAAUGAUAUGUAUUACAGUGAUAUCUGAGACCUGCUAUUUCAUCUCCAACAAUAUCCAUUUCUUAUUUUAAAGGAGGAAAGUCUUGCUGCAUCACUGUCAUUCCUCUUUCUUAUUUCGUAUUUUUAUUUAUUUGAAGACUAUUGCAUCACAUUUUUCAAUUAGAUCAUUCAUUUUUAGUGAGUGAUCUAACCAAUAUAUUGGUAGAGUCAUUCUGUUUUAGUUACAAGAUAGUUUUUAUUUCACAACAUGUUCUGGGAAUUGUCCAAGAGAGUUUAAAAAUGUUCUAAAGUAAAGUGAAGAAAGGAAAAAGAUAUGAAUUUCUUACUAUCAUUAACAAUGUCUCACUUUUGUAAAGGUAUUGAUCAGUGUCUUCAGAUUUAAUUCUGCUGUAACUCGAAGCACUUGUGUUGAUAAUGCACUUUAGAAAAAAAAAAAUGACUUUUUUUGUAGCUGGUACUUAUUGUCUUUCCCUACAGUGCCAAUAACUCUGGUCCCCCCCCCACCCCCCCCCCCCCCCCGCCCCAUUUUUCAUUACUGUAAAACUUCCACCACAAUUUGGUAAAACCUAAGCAGUAUUUAAUAAUAAUUUCCUUGAAAUAUAAGAUAAAUGAUAGAAUUUCUUUUAAAUUCUAUAUAGAGAUGACCUAUACCAUUACAUUCAAUAAUUAUAUGCAGUUCUGUACCUUUUUAAAAGACUAAUUGAUGCAAAUUUCAUUCUUUCAGAUGAUUACUUCAAGACAUCUUCUAUUACAUACAACUACUCCAUUGUAGAACACACUAUAAAGUCUUUCUUUUGCUGCUAACUAUUGCUCAAUGACUUAAUUUUUUAUUGCGUUUCAAUAGCUGCCAUACAUUUAUAACUCUUCCUGAUGAAUUAUUUUGUUACCAAAAACUGAAUAGAUUGUAUUGAGCUCUGCCAUUAUCAUUUGCUAAGAGUUACAGCAACUUCUUUCUCUGUGAUUUGGUGGCUUAACUGAUUGAUAUGGACAGGUAUAACAAACAUUGUGCUGUUAAGUUUUUAAUUGUUAUUUGUUUGUCUCUUCUUUGCAUUAAAUGUGUGAGACAGUUCAUUGUGGCAUUUUCUGUGACCAAGUAACACUAAAAAUAUUAGUGAAAAUCUUCAGAGAAAAAUGAAUGACAGUUUCUAUAUAAUCUUAUUUACAUAUUUCAUUCUUCUUGCCCUGGCAGUACCACUCAGUACGUUCUGUCUGUUGAUACUUUGUGCUAUGUACUGAUUUCAACAAUCUAAUGAUUUCAACCAAGUUUUACAUUGAGAGACCACGUAGUUGAGUCAGCAAUAUUAUAUACAUUUCACACUGUAAGUACCAUGGUCAUUACAUUUAUUAUGUUUUACAGUUUCAGACUUGUAAAUUAACUAUUCUUAUGGGCCUAAACUGUGAAAUUUCUAUUUGUUAAUGAGUAUAAUGUUUUUUCUUCUGUUUUUCUACAGUGCCCAAAUAUUAUGUAUUAUUAACAUCUGUUUUACAUGAGUUUUAACUGUACAUCAUUUUUGCAGAAUAUUUAAUACAUAUUUUUUCCCAUCCAAUAAAAGCUGUGAGAAACAACCAUUAGGGGAGAAGUUGCCACUGUUAUCUAUACACAUUUUUUCUUUUUUAUUGGUUCUGCGUGCCUAAGAAUAGGCACAUUAAUGAUAUUUGUGACAGUAUUUGAGAUUACAAAAGUCAUAAACUGCAGCUACUUGUAGGUUCAUCCAUUAGAUUUGUGUUUCACAUCUCGAAACUUUCCAGAAUACUCUGCAUGUGUGUGUGUGUG